GGGGUCUCCUGUGUGGGUCUGCAUCACAUCCAUCCUCAGCAGAACCAGAGCCGCACCGAAUCCUCAUCCAGAAGAGUCUGCAGAGCAUCUUUGAGCCGGUAAGAAAACUCAAACUCAAAUCUGAAACAGGUGCCUGAAAACUUAAGAUUUGAUCUACAUCUGCAUUUAUGAGACACAAACACCCAACGUGGGUUCAGUUUUAGUGAGUCAGAGGCUGCACCUGCCAGGAACCAACCUUCACAUGACUGAACCAACUUUUACAGGAGAUAGAGGACGGGUUUCCUUAAAGUUUCAUGGUACAAGAUUCAGGAGUUCAACAGAAAUGUAAAGAUUUUUGAAGGAGAAAAAAGCAAAGCUACUAUUUAAAACCAUUUUUUUUUUAUUUGUAAUUUUAUGGCUGAGUCGUUUUAACUGUCAAAAGUAAGCACUUCAUUAAAAAGCAUUAAUAUAGAGUAUAAAGUGUAAGUUAUCACACAAGUGUUGGUGAUUUAUACUCAGAAAAAUAUCCUAAAAGUUAAAAAGCAGCAGAGAGGAGAAAGUGUUGAAACUCUGAUCCUCAUAUUUUUAAUAAUUUUUUUGCCUUUUGUCUUUUCUUAUCUGAUUUUUAGGAACUGCGUAGCUUUCACACACAGAGAUGAUUAAAAAAAACAAACUGUGGUCAGAUAAACGGUGUCUGGGGUGUCGCUGAUGGUUCACCGCCAAAAACCACAAUGACGCGCUCACGUAUUCAAAACCAUUUUCUCUCUUCUGUCCAGGAAAAGACGACGGAGUGAGGGAUGGAUUUGAUUAAAAAUGUAAAUUAAACUCAGCAGCAAUUAUCCAAGACUAGAUCGUGAUAAGAGUUUUAAAGGGAGACAAAUGUGAUGUAUGUCAGCUGUUUAUUUGAGGUUAUUUACACAUUAGACAUAAAAGACAGUUAAGAGCAAUAAUACUUCAACACUGUGCAGGGGUUAGGUUGUAUAAAGAUACCCCUCCUUUAGGAUAGACAGAUUAGUAAUGACAAAGUUUACAAAGACAAGAGGUCAAUUAGAUUUAGAUAGAUAAGUGAACAUAGAUGCUGAUUGUAGGAUUUAGGAUCGUUCUCAGUCAGAGUCUCUCAUUGGUCUGAUAGCAGUAUUAACAAAACCUCAAAUGAACAGAGUGAGACACAGUUAACAUGAAAGUUUGGUGAAUUUAACAUAAUAUUUAAUAAGUCUAAUGUUUUAGGUCCCUGCUGAUCUGUCUGCUGUAAACAUUUGGAGGCGUAUUUAAAGAGUGUUUGCAGGUGUUUAAAUAAGAAAACUCUGAGAAAUAUUGUAGAGAAAGGAAAUAUAGUCCUACCUUUAAAAGACUAAAUACUAAAUUACCUGAUUUGGUCGUAAAAUUAGAUGUUCUGCAAAAUUUCUUGUAAAUGGAAAAUCCAUCUGAUCCCCAAAUCUACCAUUAAUUAAUAUUUUAACGAUAAUAAAAACAUGAAUCCACCUCCAGCUCUGUCUGUCACUGAUGUAACAGUGAAACGUCAUCAGUCAUAUCUACAAUGGUGUUUUCUGUUAUUCUGUUUUACUUUAAAAAGACAUUAAUAUGAAAUUCAGUCUUUUUAAUUAAUGUUAGAAAAACUCCUCACUGGAGCUUUAAGUUCACAAAAUCCACUUUCAAACAGAUUUCAACAAAAUUAAUCAAACCAAAGAGAACUUUUUUUAACAUGAAUAAAAACAUUGACUUAAACUCAGAAACAUUAGAAAAUCAACUUUAAUAUUUUUGAUUUAAAAGUGACAAACACAAGAAAAAAACUCCUCAUCAGGUUUAUGAAGAUUAGUAAAAAUUAAACUCUCUGAGGUUGUUUCACUUCUUUAUUUUCCUUAAAUUGAACACAAACUCUUUAUUGUGACUUUCUCGAACAUUUAUAUGAGAAAGUCUUUCCUCUCAGUGUGAUCAUGAGUCAUGGGUCAUUUCCGGACUUUUUAAAACCUCUUAAAAACUCGCUCUCUCUCUGAUCUCUCAUGCUCAGCUCCUGUCCUCCACCUCACAGCAGCGACUCUCUCUGUAUCUCCAACAUCUUCGUAAAAACAGGGGACAGGUUUCUCUCUCCAUCCAUCCAUCCAUCUGCAGGUCCGAUCUCAAAGGUGUGAACUUUAUCAUCUGCAUCAUUAACUGUUCACACAGACCCCCUCCCUCCCUCCUCCUUUAAAUAGGAGUUUGGACCGGGACCAAAGAGUUUCCACUGGUUUUGUGUUUCCGAGGAUGCUGGCUGAAUGCCAGCGCUCAGAUAGGAAUCACACAGCGCACCGACAUCCCUUAAUGGCAGUUAAUAAAACCACCCAGGAAAUGCAAUAAGUGCAAUCAAGUGUAAUUAAAUGUACGUUUUUGUUUUUUUUUUGAUGAUAGGAAAUGAAAGGUGUGGUCUGUAACUAUUACAAACAGCAGUAAGAAUAGAAGUCACAGCAAACAGAUGCACACAAACUCAAAAUUUAUUUGCAUUUGAUGAACUCAUCCCCUAAAAAUAGACCAACCUAAACUGUGCACCUGCUCAUGUCACUGUUUCCAUCAAUCCGGGACAAAUACCCGCUGAUCCUCCACACUUUCUUCUUCUUCUUCUUCUUCCCGGAUUAUUAAACAGAGCCCAACACAAAGAUGAAACUGGAACAAUGACUUCCUCAGUCCAUCCGAGUUUCCCAUGAGAAACAAUAACAGAGAAAAAAAAAACGCUCACGAGCAAACAGUCACGCCUGGCUGUACACACUCCUCUAACUCCACACGCAAACAGCACAGAGCCGACGGCGCCGUGGACGUUUAGAGACUCCUCAGACCUCCAUGAUGACCUUUUGUCUUUUUAGUGAAUCAGCAAGGUCAAACACUCGAGGACUCAAAUCUAUAUUCAUUAACUUUCAUCCUGUUACUUUCAGCGACAAUAAAAAUGAGCUCACAGCUGUGGUUCGAGUCAGAUUGGUCCAACUGACCUGAAACUUUUAGAUAAAACUAUUAAAAUUAAGCACCUUUGAAUAUUAUUCUGCAUGAAAAUCAACUGAAAGGAACAAAAAUUGUGUGAAUUUUUUCAUUUAAAGCUCCUGUAGGGAGUUUUUUAAAGACUGAAGUGAACGGUGACGUAUCUCUGAAAAAAACGGUGUUGUAUAUUUAAUGCCUGUAACUGCAGUGAGUGAGCAGAAACACUAAACAAACAGCUUUAGUUAAUUUACCCCACAGCAGAUAUUCAUGGAGGAUAAUAAACGACACCUUUAAAAGACAACCAAGGAGAUUUAUUGUCAAGUAAUACCACAUUUAUACUACAGGGGGCGCUGAAGUUUGACUUGUAGUUAAUAUUCUAACUAAAAUUCAGCCUUUCAUAAUGUCUUUGGUCAGUUUUAUUAGUGUAACUUUUAUCAAUCAAAUAAUUGGUAAUCAAUAAAAACUUUAACAGACUCUUUUUCAAUAAUCUUUUAAGGGCCUGUGUCCAUUCGGAGUGUUUUUUUUUUUUUGACUCCCACAGCUUCCAUUUUUAGAACGCCUCUCAACAGCGUUUAUUGUUGCUAGGUUACAAAAGUCGGCCAAUGGCGCUGAGCUUCCCUUAUCAAUAACAUUUAACUCUGUUUUUAAAAUGCCUCUAAGCUUCACGUGAGUUUUAAUUUGAUAAAAGUUUAAAAAGAAAACUUCACCAGAGGAUAAGGACCAAAUUAAGUUUUGUUUGAGUUUUGUUUUUGAAUUCAGGAGUAAAUUUGUGAUUUUGUGACAGUAAAGUCAUAAUUUGAUGUUCCUAAAGUCACAGAAAAAAGCCGUACAGUUAUAAGAAGACAAAAUACCAUUAAACUUUAACUUUUUACUACGAUUUAAGAUUUCAUUCUUGCAAAGUCACAUCUCUAUUCUUAAAGCUCCUGUGAGGAACUGUCUGUUUGUGUUGAUUUUGGCGCCCCCUACAUAAGUUAGCGCCUGAGGUGAAAAGUGCUCUGGGUUUGUGUUCUCGUGUUCUCGUGUGCUCAGCUCAGAUAGUUUCCAGAGUCACGUUGGCGUUCACUCGACGUUCACUCUGGAAAUGAAAAAAUCCAAUCCAGCGUUCAUCUAGAAUUCAUGGUGUCGGUACGAACCUGCUCUCACAUAAUCACCCUCUCCAUGUGAGUCUUCAGGCAUGUAGAAGGAAUGAGGUUCCCAGGGUGGACGCCUGUGUGGAGGAGUCUCUUCCCGUCCGUGUCAAAGGCUGACUUUGCCGAGUAAAUGGAGCGAGCUCUAAUGCUCCUGAAAUGAAUAUCAGCGUCUUGACCAAACUCAUUUAGAGAUCAGUCAGGGUCUUAAUCCCUCUCCUCGGGGGUGUGUGUUUGUGUCUUUUUCUUGUGCCCCCUCUUCCUUUUGGAAGAAGGUAAUAUGGCUAAAUUUGCUUUGCUAAUGGGCUUAGCGCAAGCUGUCGCAGAGCCGAGUCGACACGCAGCAGCCGGGCCGGGAUACCAGCGGCUUUUAAUCUGACUCCUGAUGGAGUGAAAGGGAGAGAGGGUGAGAGCUUACCAGAAGUUUAGAGAUAAAAGGAAACCGGGGAGGAGGUUUUACAGUGGGGGGGUUCAGGACCAAAGAGUGGAGGGGAAACUUCUCCAGGGGGGAGGGCGGGGGGAGAUAACUUCAUUUAACUUCAGGGAAGCUGUGAAGGAGAAAGUACACCUUUAACCAGGAGAUGAAAAUAACCUGAACGAUAAAAUCAGACGAGGGAAAAACACAGCGUCUGUUCUGAGAGGUGUUUACUCUGUAAGAGAUGAAGGUCAUCUUUAUUUAAAAACUCAAAACACUCUGCAGAAAUUAAAUAUUAUCAGUCCGUAUGGUGAGGGUUAAACACAGAGAGCUGCUCUAGAGAGAAAUUUAACAAAUCCACCCGGUAAGAUUUGAACUUUUACAGGAUUUACCAAAGAAACUUUUCGGUCAUAUGUGUCAGAUCUUGUUUUAAAUCAAGAUCAGGAUGUCUAACAUGAUUCCUGGUCGAUGCUGUAUGACCUUAAGGAGUUUCACCUCAAUCCCUCAAAAAGCAUGUUGCCAAAAUAAUCUCAAGAAAAAACAUAAAUCCUGGUUAGAAAACACCCAGAAAAGACUCAAAAAUUAUCUUUAUUUACACUAGAAGGCAAAAAGUAAAAUCUAAAAACACAAAACCGUCCAAUAUUGAAAUAAAAGGAUUAUUAUUAACUGAACAUGAUCAGAAGUUUCACUUUUUGGCUCUUUUUCUGUCCUAUUUUAAAGCUCUAAUGAAAAACCGUUGGUUGUGUCAACUUUGGCGCCCCCUGUGGACAAAGUACUUAAUGACAUUUUCUCCUGUAAAUAUGUCUGUUGUGUUUUCUAACGUCAGAAUCUCAUCCUGCUUUCUUUCAUGGUGAAUUUAUGAUGUUGGAAAAUGUUAAAUAAAGAGUGUUUUUUAGGAUUUUAGUUUUUCUUUAAUUAGAGAAUCUGCAUUAAUGAACAUUUACAUGUAAAUCUAUGAGAUUAUAGCCAAGCGGCUCAUUUCCAGCCCCAGUCCCAUCAGCAGGUUGGUGUCAAAACCUAAAAACAAACAUCGUUAUAAUCGGAGUGAAACACACCGAUCAUAUCAGCAACAAUAUAGAUGACACACAAAGUUCUCCUCACUGACCUUUGACCUUUGCAGAGCCGUCUGAAAACCUCAGCCAUAGCUGUAGUUUAUGUUUACGUUUGAUUUCCUCUUAUUGAACUUUGAACCCGUGUUUGUAGAUGCAGUGAUAAACUGAGUUCAUAGAAAAUGUUUGAUGGAAGAGCGUUCGGGUUUAUACGGUGAAUUCCACUACAGAGUCGUGACUGUUGAUGCAGGUCUGAGUCCAUGCUCUGCUUUUCUCUCUUGUUUUCUCUGUAGAGUCGUUUCUAUAAACUCUCUCCACGUUUAAUGAUGAAAUAAACUUUAGAUGGUUAAAUCUGUUUACAGUUUAACUCUGAGGAACUUUAUUCUGGGACUGUUGAACUUAUUCGCUCACGCAGUCUCUCACAGAAGUGGUGAACCUCUUCCCGUCUUUCCUCAGGACAGACUCGGCUUCUCCUCAGACCCACUUAGUUCAGGGAUGUUCUGCACGGUAAAUUUUCCACCAAACAACAAACAACAGCCGCUCACUGACGUGUGGAGUUGUGGUUGUGCGUUUUCCUCUGAUCUGAUUGGAUCUGAUCGUCUGACAGUGAAUCACUUUGCAGUUUUAUGACCCUGAAUAAUAAAUCCACGCCUCUCCUUAAACAUGUGCGGUGUGGACGCACACUUCCUGCUCUGUGUGUGUGUGUGUGUGUGCCCGCUCAUAUGCCAGCUGUGGCGGGUACACACUCUGUCCGCCAUAUGCGCUCUCACCCUGAGAUUACAACACUUGUGCCACAGCUGACGUCCGUAAACGAUCAUCUGAUGAUGGCGGUUUCCUGUCCAGGAGGAUCUCUCGGAGUCCUCGUCUUCGUAAUAAAACUGACGUGCAGGUUUUUUCUUUUCCGUGCACGCUCUCCUCCGCCACAUUAUCUAAGUUGAUUAAAAACUCCAGCUGACAGUGGAGACAGACGGCACCUUGAAAGCCGAGGCAGACGGCGGAGCUGCUUCAGGUCUCAAUAAGAGUCACCUACCCCCGACACAUCAGCCUUUCUGGACCACUGACCCACACUUAAGAGACUCAGGCCAAUCCAGUUUGGCCCCAUGGAUGUCAGAGCGGUGUGUGUGUGUGUGUGUGUGUGUGUGUGUGUGUGUGUGUGUGUGUGUGUGUGUGUGUGUGUUCACUCCCUUUAGGGUCAUUUCCCCCAGUAUCUCCAUUAGGGUUCUUAAAGAGCAUCAAGAGGAGCUCACCUCAGUCCAGCGUCGAACGUUGACAAAGAGCGAGUCUCUCUCUCUCUCUCUCUCUCUCUCUCUGAGCUCUGAUGGAGUUUAUCACAGGAGAGAAACUCCGUCUAGUCCAGCAGCUGCAGAAAAGAAACUUUUAGGAGGUAUUUGAGACGAAUAAAGGACGAUCUGAGUUGUUGUUUGUAAAGUCCCGUCAGAGCUGAAACCACCGUCUUAAAAACUGGACUCAUUUUCUCAACUCAAUCUGCAUCUUUCUGUCUCUCUCAGCUAUGUCCAAUCCAGUGGACAGCCUAUCAGAGGGCCCCGUGUACACAUCCAGGAUCGGGAUGACCGAGGACUCUCUCGCCGUCAUGGAGCGAAGCAGAAGCUCUGGAGAACCCUGGGAUCUAGGAGAGACCAAACCAAACGUGGACACCCUGGAGCGCAGCAUCCCGGGCCUCUACCUCUCCUGCUUCGACAUGCUCCUCACGGAGGACGCCGCCUGGGUGGUCAAAGUCUCAGAUGCCUCCCCGUCUCUGGCUGUACCACCUCCUCGCAUGGAGCCCAGGGAGGAGCCGGAGCAGUGCCCGGUCAUCGACAGCCAGGAGCAGGGGCUCUCUCCGGGGCUGGAGGGUCAGGAGGAGGAGCGCUCUCUGGAGCAGGUGCAGAGCAUGGUGGUGGGAGAGGUGCUGAAGGACAUCGAGACGGCCUGCAAGCUGCUCAACAUCACUCCAGGUAGGUUCUUCAUCGUGGUCAUCAUCUCCAUGUUCAAGGUUCCUACAUGAGAGCUCCAUCAUGUAUGACUGAAGACGAGUCUUUGGGUUUAGGCUGUUGGGAGAGGAGAACCAGGGUCCUGGUAAAAGAUCUCCUGAUAAUAAAACUCAGAAAUAAAACAGGAAACCAAAAUUAAAAAGGUCCAUGAAGAUUUUUUUACACGCUCAGAGUCUCAUAAAUCCAUCGUUGGAGGGUCAACAGUUUAUAAACAUGAACUGAAGAGAGAGAGAGAGAGAGAGAGAGAGAGAGAGAGAGAGAGAGAGAGAGAGAGAGAGAGAGAGAGAGAGAGCGUUAACAUCUCUGCAGAUAAUCACGCCACUUUAACGCCGCUCCAAACUCUGUGGUCAUUCUCUGUUUGUUAUUUACAUGAUAUCAAGUCAAAGUGAUGCCCGAAAAUGAACCAUUAUUAUGUCUAAUUCUGUACGACGGAGUAUUAGGGCCGCAUUAAGGAAAAAAAGUAAGACUCAGUAAUGACUUAAGAGAAUAAAGUCGUAGCUAAUAUUCUAACCUGUUGUUGGUUGUUGAAAUGAGCUGUGGAGCGUUUAGAUGAAUUGAACUUCAGUAGUUCGGUUUCACAAACAAGGAGAUACUAAAUUCUUUUGGUGUUUCAGCAUCACAUCGACAGAAGUAUCAGGACAUAUGAAGAAAUUCGUCUUUUCUGAUGACUUGUAGAGAAUCACUGUUUUUGAGGAGAAGGUUACCGCCGGUGUUGUGUCGACAUUUCAGAGACAGACGUGGUGUUCGUCGGAGCUCGACUCUCUCGGAAUCAUAAAUGUUGAUCAUCAGUUGGAUUGUUUCUCUUCCACAAAAGCUCCUGAUGAACCCACAGAUAACUCUGCAGCUGACCUGUUCAGACAUUUCCUCCUCCACAGACGCAGCUUUAAGACGAAAUUUACUUUACAACUUUAUUCUCAUAACUAAUGAUUUAACUACAACUUUAAUCUUCACUUCGUUUUUCUUAAUGUGGCCCUAAUACUCCGUCGUAAACUGUGGAACACAGUUUUACUAAAAUAAAGUGUGAGAUCUGAUAUCCUGUCGUGUGAAUAAAGAUGUUAAAGAAAAGAAAAUGAGUUAAAAGUUUUAAAAUUUUAGAAAAAGUCGAUUGAAGUUGUAAGAAAAGUUGAAUCAAACAGACACAGAAGCUCCAGUUCUUCCUCAGGUCUGAACACCUGUUACCGUCGACUCCAGAGGUCUGUUAGUCCACAGAAAUUUCACCCACAAAGACACAAAUCUUUAAAGCACACAGGACAUUUUUCAUGUCUGUCCUGUUAUUUGCUAAAAAAAAAGAAUUAUUGAUUCUCACUCCCAGAACCAACAGAUAUUUGUGUGAGCAGCUCAGGCGAGAUGACAGAUCUCCUAAAUAGUCUCCUGACUGACGCAGAGGCGUGUUUGCCUGCUCCAGGAUCUCUUUAAUCCUGACCUUUGCAUGAGUUCUCCUCCGCUGUGGCUCUGAAGGCUCUGUCCUGACAUUAGACGUGUACACAGUCUUAUGGGCGAGGUCUCUGCCGCUCAUAAAAGCAAACACAGUGAGAAUUAUGUAUUGUAAGACCUCUGGCUGCUGUAAACCCGUGAAAUCUCCAGAUGACACCUGCAGCGGCGUGAGAGAGUGACUGCAGUUUUAGUAAACUUUGCAUGUGUAAAAAAGACGCAGGAUACACACUUAGAGAAAAAAGAGAUAAGAGAUAAAAACAAACCCUCUUCACUCUGUUUGAUUGGUCAAUAACGUUACACCAGGUGAUCCCCUUCACACACACAAACACACACACACCUGACGGUUUUCUCACACAGACCCCAUAGAGUGGAGCAUGGGGAACGUGCAGAAGUGGCUGCUGUGGACCGAACACCUGUACAGGUUACCUCACGCAGGAAAGGCCUUCCAGGACCUGACAGGAAAGGAUCUGUGCGCCAUGAGCGAGGAGGAGUUUCGUCAGCGCUCGCCGCAGUGUGGAGACACGCUGCACGCUCACCUGGACAUAUGGAAGUCAGGUAUGUGACGUCCAGUUUGAAGAAUGAUGUUGAGGUUUGACUGCGUGUUCGAGUCCUAAUGUGCAUUUUUAUUGUGUUCACUUAUUUAGGAUCGUUUAAAACAUCCUCACAUUAGAAUUUUUUAGAGUUUUAAGGACGUACCGUCUCUUUGGAGGCGUGUCAGAUCUGCCACAGGUGGAGUUCAUCAUGUAGAGCGUUUAUUGAAGGUCUUCAUGCUCACGAACAUCUCCAUGACAGGUCUACAGAAGGUUGAUCUUUGGCUGUGUUCACACUGCAGGUCAACUCAGAUUUUUUAACCAUAUCUGAUGUUUUCAUCUAAGUGUGAACAGGUCAGUUCUGAUUGGUUCUGAUCCGACCCAGGCCUCUUCUGUAUGUGGAUAUAAAUCAGAUAUGUAUCCGAUGUGACUGCAGUGUUGACGCUCAGGUCACCUUCAUCCGACCUAUAUGUCAUCAAUAUGCGACAAACGUCACCAUUGUUCGAUAAUGUCAAGUCACGUCCUGCUUUGAGCGCAUGUGGGUCACUUCACGGACGCAUUCCAUUCACAUCAGAUUCUGCAUUCGUUGUUGUAUUGUGAACGACCGCACAAAAAGAUCGGAUUUAACAAAAAUUGUGCAUCAGAACCUGCAGAGUGAACGUAGACUUAGUUUCUCUGCCUCAGUUUCUACAUUUCGAGAGCGUAGACUCGUGAAAAUAGAAGCCUCUUAGAUAACUGUGCAGCAGGAAGCAAGAGGCCGAGACGAAGCAGAACUCUACAUCUAUGUAUCUAUACCCUCAGGGUUAGAUAUCAUAGCUGGUUUGAAGACAGAGUGUCUGAGUCUCCAGGUUAGCAGCUCUCUUGGUUUCCAUGUGAGGAGGUGACGGUCUCCUUAUGUUUGAUAUAAUGAGUUUAAUCUAGACUGCUGCCACUCUUGGGCUUUGUUUGUGCUGUUUUUGGUGGAAAUAUCAUAAUAUAUUGAAAUGUGUAUCCUUUUAGCGUACAGGUAGUGAUUUAUCAUGAACACAAAUCCGUCCGUCUUAUAUCCUCUUUAUUAUUGUCUGAGUUCACUGGGGGUCGAUUUCUACCCAGAAAUCCACAGCAGUGCGCGGCCUGAAAUCAAUGAUAGUCGUUUCACAUUUGUGAUUUAUGACAUAGUUUUUGGUGAACGCUUCAUGCAAAUGUGCAAAUAGAGAGAGAGAGAGAGAGAAACAGAGAGAGAGAGACAGAGAGUAGGGAAGGGUCACACAGGAGAGAAAGGGUUCAUCAGGUCUUUACUGGAUGUGUACACACAGGUAAUUGCUCAGGUGAAAGAGAGGAUUAGAUGCAGCUGAAUUAAUUUGAAAGGCGUGGUCCUCUCGUUUAACGUAUGUUAUAAUAACUCCAUAAAUAAAGUUUAAAAAACUGUGAACAAUAUUGAAGUUUAAAGUCAUUUCAAGUCAAACACAGUUUUGAUGAAAUGUUUUAUUUUCUCUGCAGCUGCCUGGAUGAAGGAGAGAUGCUCAGCUGGAGAAACUAAAACUACAGGUAGGUCUGAAAUAUUCAACUGUCGUCAUUAAAACCUGCACAGAGUCAAAUAAGGAGAGUUUGUCGUUGACUCCAUGAAUUUUUUUUUUAAUUGUUGUUUUUGUUGUUCAGUCGCCGAGGAGCUCUGGUCUGAGGCCGACUCGUCUUGUUCUGGUCAGCCCAUCCACCUGUGGCAGUUCCUCAGAGAGCUCCUGCUAAAACCUCACAACUACGGCCGCUGCAUCCGCUGGCUCAACAAAGAGAAAGGUAUCUUCAUUCAUUCAGAUGGUUACUGCAGCCAGCCAGCAGGGGGAGCUCUAAAUCUUACUCUUUCACAGCCAGUGAACACUGUUAGCAUCUGUUUUUAUAAUCAAAUAAAAUGGUUUUGACCAAUCAGAAUAUAGUUACUGCAGCCGCCCAGCAGGGGGAGCUAUAAGUGUUUUGUUUACACAGCCGGUGAACACUAUUAGCAUCUUUUUUCAAAAUCAAAUCAAAUAUAAUCAAAAUGAAUAAUAAUUAUGAAAUGGUUUUGACCAAUCAGAAAAUAGUGACUGCAGCCAGCCAGCAGGGGGAGCUCUACAUCUUACUCUUUCACAGCCAGUGAACACUGUUAGCAUCUGUUUUUAUAAUCAAAUCAAAUAUAAUCAGAAUAAAUAGUUAUUGUUAAAAUGGUUUUGACCAAUCAGAAAAUAGUUACUGCAGACAGCCAGUAGGGGGAGCUCAAAGUCUUUGUCUUUCAAAGUCGGUAAACACUGUUAGCAUCUAUUUUUAUAAUCAAAUCUGAGGUUAUGAGAAUAAACAAUAAUUGUAAAAUGGUUUUGACCAAUCAGAAUCUAGAUCAAUUUACAGUCUAUAUUAAAAAGUUAAUUUAAAUUUCUUUUUUUUUUUCGUCAGGUAUUUUUAAAAUCGAAGACUCGGCUCACGUUGCCCGACUCUGGGGACUCCGAAAGAACCGGCCCGCCAUGAACUAUGACAAACUGAGCCGCUCCAUACGUCAGUACUACAAGAAAGGCAUCAUCCGCAAACCUGACGUGUCUCAGAGACUGGUGUACCAGUUUGUUCACCCAGUAUGAGUCUGCAGCAAACUGGGACGAAGAGGAGACCUUAAAUCCCACGAAACUGUCCCACCAUGCACUCGAACUCUUCAUCCUGAGCUGAGAAGGUGACAUGGUUCACGGACACGUGCACUGACCAACCCCAUCGGUACACACUUCCAACACUGAAGCAACAGCUGGCAGACAGCUGCUGCAGCUGCAUGAAGGCUUAUCGGAGCAUCAGCCGAGAGGAAGAGACCAAACGAGGAGGCUGUUCAGGCUCUUUCCUCCUCCUCCUCCUGCUACAGCAGCA